AUGCCCCGCCUGCCACCCACGCUCAUCCGGCGCGCCCACUCCAUCUCACCACACCUCGCUACCCUCCUGCCCGUCUGCAGGGACAUUGCCUCGGCGCGGAACGAGCUGCGCUGGAUACGCGAACAUGUCUCGGUCUUGUCUUCAUCACCUGAGCGGCUGAUCGGAAAACUCUGCCGACGCCGCGGUAAGGGAGCACCACUGCAGUACGUCCUCGGCUCGCAGCCGUUCGGCAAUCGGGUCAUCAAGUGUCGCCCGGGCGUGUUGAUUCCUAGGCCGGAGACGGAGGCUUACGUUGUGCAUCUUGCGGGGCUUAUUCGGAAGCAACGCAUUCUGGGGGGGUCUGCUGUUGGAGGAGACCAGACCCAGUUGUUGAGGAUCGUAGAUUUCUGCACAGGGUCAGGCUGCAUCGCGCUCUUGCUGGACUCGCUUCUGCGACCACGGUUCCCGGAGCUAAGGGUAUACGGGUUCGAUAUCUCGGAGCGAGCGGUUGCGCUCGCGAGGGAGAAUUUGUGGGGGGAUGCACAGCGCGGAUCACUGCCGAACGCAAACCUGGAGCAGGGUGUCGUGUUCGAGAAAGCGGAUAUCUUCUCCGACGACUGGCUGUCCCACCUCUCCGAAACCCGCAACGGCCAGGGGGGGAGAGUUUUAAUCGAUGUGCUCAUCUCCAACCCACCGUACAUCUCGAUUGCGGGCUUUAAUCAUAGCACUGGACGCUCGGUGCGAAACCACGAGCCGAAGCUAGCGCUUGUACCCGAUGGGAAAGUAGGUGCUUCAGUUGCCGCCUCGGGGUGUGCGCCGGAGGACGUCUUCUAUGCGAGACUUUUCGAGAUUGUCGAGGUGGUGCGACCCAGGGUUAUACUGAUGGAGGUUGGUGAUUUGGAGCAAGCUUUGCGGGUCGCUGAGAUGGCUUCUGGUGCUGUGGAGAGUUCAGCACAGGGCGUUAUUGAGAUUUGGCGAGAUUGGCCGGACAUGACGCCUGAAGAUGACGAGGUGACGGAAGUGGAUAUGAGGGGAACGAAAGUCCCGAUUAGGGGAAGUGGGAAUGGGAGAUCGGUAUUGGUGCGCUGUAGAGCUUGA